AUGCAGCUGAAAGGUCGCACUUCUCGCAGCGAGGUGUUCUAUAUUAGUAAAAGCUUCAAAAAGACUGUCAGUCUCCCCGCAGCACGCGCAUGGCGUGUUAAGGACAGUGAUGUCGCCGCUCGAGGAUACGUUCUGUGCCUGACAAAGCAACGAGGCCUAAUCUUUGAUAAAAUGACAAAUCUCAAACCACGCCUCGUCACAUUAACCCGCAAUGGACUUCUCAUCAUCUACUGCAAGGAAGACAAAGGAUUUGUCGUGGACGUAAAGGAUGCAAGAGCAAUGACGACUAAGACUGAUCACUUCCAUACGAAAAGACAAACUUAUGUUGGUUUAGCUCCUCUAAACUUCUCUAAAGUGCCAGCUUCGGCUCAUAUUUGA